AUGUGCGCGUGGCUUCGUGCAAGAGUUGCGUGCUACCUCGUCCCUGUCUACCCUGUACCCCGUGGGCGCGGACUGCACGACCCCCGUGGGCGCAGACUGUACGACCCCCGUGGGCGCGGACUGCACGACCCCCCGUGGGCGCAGACUGGACGACCCCGUGGGCGCGGACUGCACGACCCCCGUGGGCGCAGACUGUACGACCCCCGUGGGCGCGGACUGCACGACCCCCGUGGGCGCAGACUGGACGACCCCGUGGACGCGGACUGCACGACCCCCGUGGGCGCAGACUGUACGACCCCCAUGGGCGCGGUCUGCACACCCCGGCGCCCCGGGCGCGGCUGCACGACUCCCGUGGGCGCGGACUGCACGACUCCAGUGGGCGCGGACUGCACGACUCCCGUGGGCGCGGACUGCACGACUCCCGUGGGCGCGGACUGCACGACUCCCGUGGGCGCGGACUACACGACUCCCGUGGGCGUGGACUGCACGACUCCCGUGGGCGCGGACUGCACGACGUUGACGGGCUAUAGUUUACAGCCCACUGCAUCUCACCGAGAGGAGGCGUGUGUUCCAGCAGUGGGAACAUUAUAG